AUGGCGGAUGAGGGUAAUUUGAUGUCGCAGGAACAGGAACAGGAACCGACGCUGUCGGCACCAUGGAAGAUGGUGGACGAGGCCUUAACGCUGAAGAAUACGAACUGGGGCCUGAAUCUGAUGAUAUUCUGGAUGAUUCAAAGCAACGAGUUGAACGCUUCGGAGGUGGUUAAGGUGAUUAAGAAGAAGAUCAAUGAUGAGAGCCGUGAUGUGCAGAUUCGUGCUCUUCUUUUGUUGGAAUCCUUUGGCCACAACUGUGACGCGUUCUACACUGAAGUUGUUUCUCAGAACCUUCACGAGGACUUGGUUCGGUUGGUUGAAAACCCGCAAAACGAUUAUGGCAAUCGAAGGAAGGCUUUCAGGUUGUUAAUGGCUUGGGCUGAGUCACGUGAAGUUCCCCGUGGUGGUGUGUUUAAUCAUGUUUAUUGGGGUCUGGCAUACAGAGUUUCAUCUGACAUUUCAGGAAGAAAAUCAGUUCAUGUUAGGCAUACCUUGGAGUCUCUUACACCUGAAGAAGACCAUUUCGAUCUCCUCGAUAGAUACCAACCUAUGUCAGAUCAAGAGAAGAUCGACCUCCUUCUUCUCGAAGGACGCCGCCCAGCCAAGUUAGUUGAAGAGCAGAAGAAGUAUCUUGUGCUUGCUCGAAAGAGUCUUCAAUCACUCUUUAGCAUAUUACAUUCUGAGGGAGACCCAAAACCUUUGAAGGAAUGUUCAACUCUGAGGUGGUUGGAUAGGUGCAAGAAAUCACUUCAUGUCAUCAUGGAGAUUUUGGAAACCAGUACAAAUGAUGAACUUUUAGUGUGGCUUGAAGCCAUACGUCUUAGUGAUCAGCUGGAACUGGUACUUGGCAAAUAUCAGGAGCUGGCAGCUGCUGAAAUGAACGCGGCACAACAACCUGAAAAGGCUGGCCCUGCCAAGCAUGACGCCAAUGCUGUUCAAAACCUCAAUGAACUAGUUUUCUGA